CGUCCACGCGCGGCCGGGUUCGUCCCAUCCUAGCUAGAUCGUCGCGUCCUCACAGUAGGCACGUCUCGACGAACGACGCGCGCGCGCUCUCCGACGCGAUCAUGGGGCGGAUCAAGCAGUACUUCGUCGACCAGGGCCUCACCCCGGCGGACAUACCGAAGGCGUUCAUCUUCCACGAGGUCAUAAGCGUCGCGUUCGCCGCGUUCACGUGGAGCACGUGCUACGCGAUACAGCCGUCCGUGACGCUCAUGACGCCGCUCUCGAAGCUCCCGAUCGCGUCCAAGGCUGCGGGCGCGUUCGAUAAAGCCCUCGCGUUCAGCGACAAGAAGGUCGCGAGCAUGGGGUGGCUGAAGAAGGUGCCGCUCGUGAAGAACGCCGCCCCGCGGAGGCUGACCGUGUCCUUAGCGGAGUCUCUGAUGUUCCGCGGCGCGGUGAAGCCGAUCACGUUCGGGGGGAAGUUAUAUCUCUCGUACCAGUUCGUGAUGUGGGGGAAAGACCGAGCGCGGCAGAAGGCGGAGAAGAGCGGGAAGGACGUCGCGGACGGGAAGAGGAAGAAAAAAUCCAAGAGAUCCGAACCCGCGUCGUUGACGUUGUCGACGUCGACGCCCGGCGGGCUCGUCACCGCGUGAGGCGCGCCGCGACGGACGUGGAAGGCGCGCGUCGACGUAGAAUAUCGAUAUCUAAUCUCGCUCGAGUGAUGAUUAC